AUGCGUGUGAGGGGCGAAGUGCCUGUGGGGGUGGGUUUGUGGAGGGGCGAGGGCGUGGCCCGUGACGCAAACUCACCAACUCAGCGCUUUAACCACCCCGCGUUUUCCCCCGACGGGGUGAGCGUCGGUGUGGUGACGUCACGCGGCACCCUACUCAGUCGGUUAUCACCCGGCGUAGCGAGCGGCCGAGGCGACGCGUCGCCGUUUUUAACCCCAAAGUACGAAAAAGUCGCCAAAAUUUUCGACCGGCAGUACCACUCACCUUCCAAGGUGUUGAAGCUAGAGGACGACCCGUGGGGGUCAUGUGCCAUGUAUUCGCCGGAGAAGAUGAAGUCCGGUGGGGGGCUCAUGGCACCCCCGGGCUGCUUCCCGGGUCGGUACAGUCCCACAUACCGCACCACCGACCCGCGGCGGUGCGUGCCAAACCCUUCGGUGAGUCCUAGCUUUCUCUAG